AUUGCCGGUCGACUACCGACACUACCGUGUAGUUAUUAGUGUGAUUCGUGGUGCAAAUACUUCACAUUCAGUAAAUAAAUAUGUCGGAAUCGGAAAAUCCAACUACUACCGAUAGUACGGCAAAACAUGAGUCCCACGGUAGGAAGAGAGUGCGGCAUCGUAAAAAACUUUUAUAUGAUAAAAUACUCAAGCAAAUGGAGUUCUAUUUUAGUGAUGCAAAUCUUACAAAAGAUAGAUUUCUCGGUGAAUUAAUUAAAACUGACCCUUAUGUGCCUAUAGAAGUCUUUCUAAAGUUCAAUAAGAUUCGCGCCAUGACGCAGGACGUUAUUGAUAUUGCGAAAGCUAUGAAGUUUUCCACAAUUUUGGAGUUAUCAGAGGAUAGGCAGAAGAUAAGAAGAAAAACUCCAGUUGAACCCUAUGAUGCAGAAUCCAGGACUGUGUAUGUGGAGUCUAUACCAAUGACUGCCAAUCGGGAGUGGCUUGAGAAGGUGUUCUCGGAUUAUGGGCAUAUUGCAUACAUUUCAUUACCCAAGUUCAAAAACUCACAGAAAAUCAAGGGUUAUGCCUUCAUAGAAUUUGAUAAAGUCGAGGAUGCACAUAAUUGCAUAGUGGCAUUCACCAAGAUGGGUUGCAGACUGCCCACUAGCAUGCCACCCGAGGAACUCUCUUCUGUUAAAAUGUUUUCAGUUGAGGAGCCUGAUGAUAAUAAGGUAAAAGUAGGGGUGGACAUAAAGGGAGAAAAGCCGAAGAUAAAAGAAGGGACACACAUCAAAAAAGAAAACCCCGAUAAGGUAAAAGAAGACACUGGCAUUAUGGUGAAAGAACAAGAUAUCAAGGCUAAAGAAGAGGAUGAACCACCUAGGAAAAGAUCAAGGAAAAGUAAGGAUAAAAGGCCAAAAAAUUUAGAACUGAGGCUAGGGCAAGACUCAGAUUCUGAGAAAAGGGAUACUCCUACUGAUGAGUGCAAAGGUAUAGCAACACCAAUAGAUGAUGUGUGCACAAAAGAAGACCCUAAAGACGAUUUAACUAGCCACAAUGAAUCUAAGGAUGAUGCAGAUUCGCCAACUAAGAAGAAAAACAAAAAAAAGUCGGCCAAAACUAAAAGCAAAACUCCAAACGGCUUAAAUACAAAAGAAGCUCCAAAAGGAGCCCUGUGGGGCCUCCAAGUUUUGCCGAGAUCAGAAUGGAAAGCAUUACGGAAUAAGUACUUAACCCUGCAAAGGAACUAUAUGAAACAAGUGAAGUUGAAUUUGUAUAAUAGGAAGAAUUCCUAUUCAGCUAUACCCGAGCCUGCAACACUUCCAAUGGAAGCUGACACAGCUUUAAAUCCCGGAAAAAAUAUCAGCAGUAAGAAUGUGACACCCCUGGAGAGAAUCCCAGGUGUCUUUGUCAGAGAGGUGCUACCAGAACCAUGCUGCGAUAUCAGACACACCAAACGAACGGUGCGAAGCAAUAUCCAUGCCAUGCACGUGGACGCAAAAGAAGGUCAGUCGGAGAUAAUCAUACGCUUUGAUUCAGCAAAAGCAGCGGACGAAUACUGCGCCAACUCCAGCAACCGCGCCAGCAUCCUGUCGGGCUUGGAGGAGGAGGAGCAGUGGGCGCGCGCGGAGGCGGGGCGGGGAUGCCCGCGGCCGCGCGGCCGCGAGCGCCUGCGCGCGCGCCUGCGGGCACCCCCGCCCCCGGGGCCGCCCGAGCCCGCCUCGCCGCAGCCCACGCACACGCACAUCAGAUUCGAUGACGAGUAG